UAGAAGCCUAGGAUAUUUGGUCCAGCCGAUUAACCACUCAUACUGAACUACAACCAAAUACGUCGCAUCAAUUUCACAUGCAAAUGGAUUUUUUAGUUAUGACAUCAGUUUAUUGUCACUUUAUUGGAAAUUUGACGAGAAUUGAGCGUUGAUUUGAAUCCUUUUGAGACAUAAAUAUGGUGAACUUGGAAAACAUAAAACUAUCACCAAAAUGAUUGCACAUGAUGGAGACUGCAGCGUACAACACUAACAACCCGACUUACAACAGCAAUCAGACACCACCGCAAUCAGCCAUUUCAGAGAAUCAGACCGUGAAACGAAAUGGUGGUGUCCCAAAUAUUGAAAACCACCAUGUUACGUACGAACCCGAGUUACCUCCUCCGGACGAAAUCAAACCUGAUCUGGAAAUCCGCCGGAGAUCGUCCACCAUAAAUGACACAGUGCGGAAAAGUUCUGGUACUGGCGAUGACAUGAUUAUACCAGUCGAAUCAAGUCAAACCAGCAUCAAGGAAGAAACUAUACCUGACAGUGAUAAAUGUGAUUUGAUUCAGAGCACUGGGUCAAAAGGCUGGUCAAAGUUACGAACUACAGUAAAAGCAACAAGUGUUGUGACAGAACCUGUCAAAAAGAAACGUCGGCAGUCAAAUCUACAAAGGCAGGACUCUUUUCUUAAGCGCUUCUCAACGCGACAGGGUGUUUCAAAUGACGAUGAUGACGAUACUCAUAAUGACGAAAAGCGGGCAACUAAGGUUUCAAGCAAUGGUGUCCAGUUUGAACACCGUCACAGUGUUGUUAUCCAUCCGGUUGAAAAUGUCAUGUUUGUUUGGCUUGCUAUUAUUACAUGUGCUGUUCUUUACAACUGUUGGUCCAUCAUCUUAAGGCAGGCCUUCCCUGAUAUUCAAUCGGCUAGCAGCAUGGCUUGGUUCAUUUCUGAUGGAUUAUGCGAUUUCAUUUACAUCUGUGAUAUAGUUGUGCAGUUACGAACAGGGUUUCUAGAAAAGGGUCUUCUGGUGUACGAUAGUAAAAAACUCGCCUUGCAUUAUAUAAAAUCUCAGCCUUUUAUACUCGACCUCGUUUGCUUGAUACCCCUAGAUGUCAUUCAGUUCGGAAUAGGAAUAAUGCCUAUUCUACGUAUCCCAAGGCUAAUCAAGGCUUAUCGAUGGUGGAGAUGGAAAAAUAUGGUAGAGUCACGGACUAUGUAUCCCAACAUGUGGCGCGUGGUGAAUCUGACACAUAUGCUGUUCCUUCUGUGUCAUUGGUUCGCUGGGUUCUACUUUCUCAUAUCAACGGCCGAGGGCUUUCAGGGAGACUGGGCAUAUCCUACCCCAGUUGGAGAAUAUGCCAACCCAAUAAGGAAAUACCUCAAGUCUAUGUACUGGGCGACCUUGACCUUGACGACAAUUGGUGACCUUCCACCUCCGGAUACAAACUGGGAGUGGCUAGACCUAGUUCCCAGAUACUGGUAUGUCUUCACCAUCGUCAGUUACCUGAUCGGCGUCUUCUUCUUUGCUACUAUAGUCGGUCAAGUCGGAAAUGUUAUCACCAACAGAAAUGCCAAUCGCCUUGAAUUCGAGAGACUUUUAGACGGUGCUAAAAAUUACAUGCGUAACCACAAUGUUCCCGGGGACAUGCAGAGGCGAGUUCAGCGCUGGUAUGACUAUGCCUGGUCAAGAGGCCGCGUAAAUGGUGGUGGUGGCGAUAUCAAUUCGCUCGGACUACUUCCUGAUAAGCUCAAAACCGAACUAGCAUUGCAUGUCAAUUUAUCAACUUUAAAAAAGGUAACAAUCUUUCAAGAAUGCCAACCAGAAUUCCUGCAUGACCUGGUACUAAAGAUGCGAGCUUAUAUCUUCACGCCAGGAGACCUUGUCUGUCGGAAGGGGGAGGUGGCAAGGGAGAUGUUUAUCAUUGCUGAUGGGAUACUAGAAGUAAUCAGUGAUACGGGUGAAGUACUGACCCAGAUGGGUGCUGGAGAUUUCUUUGGAGAGAUCGGUAUCCUAAACCUUGACGGUGGUGUAAACAGAAGAACUGCUGAUGUUCGGUCUGUGGGGUAUUCGGAACUGUUUACCCUGUCCAGGGAAGAUGUGCUGAAUGCACUGACGGACCACCCUGAGGCUGAGGUACUCAUCAAGGAAUACGGCAGGCGGAGGUUGAAGGAGAUGGCUGAUAGGAAACGAAUUCGGACCCAGUCAAAGUGCGGGGAAGACAGACUGCUACAGGGCUUUAGAGUCGAGCCGGUUGCUCGGAGUAGGUCCGACAGUAGGCUCAAUAUCUGGAACAGAAUGUUUCGUCCACUCAGUAAACCGCGCAGUGCUAGUGUCGAGCUCCCUAGGGAGACUAAAUACGCUGAGACAUCACGGAAAUUCAGUGUUUUCAGUACAUUCUCUGACAGGAAAUUCAGUCUGUUGUCUUGCAGCUCCUUCAACAGUGAUAGGAAAUUUAGUGCGUAUAGCACUACCGCUGAUUUAGGUAUCGCGAACCGCGAAUCUUUAACUGGUAUUGAUGAACUUCCCCCGAUAUAUCAUCCGCCCCCGAAAACCCCGUGGUACAAGUUGGCUCAGUUUGGUUUAAGGCGGCUUCUGCCGUCGAACAGGAAGAAGCAUGGUGGCAAGAAAUAUCAAGCGGUGGAGCAAAAAGAGAAGGUAGAUGGCAGUAAGAUACAGAUAAAGAUUGACUUGUGCAGCGAUGAGGAAUCGGAUCCUUCCGUAUCUGCGAGUAUGGACUCGGUCACAGUUAAUGGAGCUAGAGUACUCCUGAACCUCCGACCCCCAGACGCUCUGAUGCCCACAGACGAAGCUGAAGAAGACGAGGCUGAAGCUGCCCAGGCAUGUGUAUCUGGUGGUGAUUCGAAAUCCUCUAAUACUACUGCUCAAACAUGUUCGACUAUGCAGCCAACAGCUUCGAAUAGGAUAACCCAGGGUGGAAUCAAUUUAGACCAGGAUCUAUGCAAUCCGGCCGGCCACACGCAGCAGUGGCUUUCUGCUCAACAGUUCCAUGUAAAGCCCCACGACACUGAACAGGAGUUUACGGGCGAGAGAAGAGUGUCAAUUUCAGACAGCUCCCUCUACUACAACCGUGACAAACGGGGUUCACUUCCAGGUUCCAGGCGUGUGUCAAUCAGCAAGUCUGUGCGGAGUAUUCGAGACAAAGUGGAUGACGAUGACAACGGUAUUGAAUUAAGAGCCCUUGGAGAUAAACGUGAUGAUAGAGUGCGAUUAAAUAGAUCAGAAACUAAAGAGACUCAACUAACUGUGCCGAAAAAAUCAUUCGUACACCCAUCAAGUAGUUCAUCGAGAGAGGAUAUCGUUUCUGAAAUUAUGUCCGAAUUCAAGGGUGUUUUAAUAUCCAAAUUGAAGUCUACCGAUAGCCACUUGGUGAAGAAGGUGAACGAUCUUGAGACGCUGAAUACCAGUCAAGCUCAACGAAUCAGGGAGUUAGAGCUCAAGAUAGAGGCACUGCAGAGGUUGGUGACUGCAAUAUCCACCUGUGAAUACAUCGAUGCAUCCCCACCGAGUUCGAAUUCGUACGAACCUGAGCACUCGGAUGAUCAAAGUCAUAAUGCUGCAGCUACCCGGACGCGAAUUCAGGUUACCCGAAUCUAGCUUAGUACGAUGUGAUGAUUGGGAACCCGCAUAAUACCAAGCCACUCGGAGUUGCUCCUGAUCAAAAUGAUUAUCGGAGGAAAUGAACUUCCCACACUUUCCCAGUUUACUGGAUUUAUUUUGAGUAGCACCCGCCUUUUCCAAACACGUGCUCUACAACUUACUCAUCCAACAAACAGAUUGCUUUCCAACAUUUUGUAGAAAUAAUGCCAACUUCAAUCAAAUAACGAGCAACACUAUGUAUCGCAAAUACUGAUCAAUGAUAAGAGCUCUAAAGAAUUCGCUUUCAAAAGCAAUUUACAGAACGUUCGAACUUUGUCGGACAUUCAGUGGAAAGCGAUCGCACGUUUGGAUAUGCAAGUGAUACUCGCAAUAUCAAGUGCCGUCACAACGUUUUAAAACAUAUUAUUGUCCACAUUGACUUCGUGUAGGAAAUGCUAACUGGUUGAAGACAUUUGGAAAUUAUUCACCUGUUGGUCCAUGUCUUUGAUCAGCAUAUUAACGAGUGCUCAUCAUGAGAACAGCACAAGGCAAGUUUUCACUCCACCGAGAAAAAAAUAGCGCUCACAAUUUAAAAAACUGACUAAUUCUGAUUGACAAUGUACAGAGAGGCAGUUAUAAAGUUUAUAUGACCUUAAACUAUAUGUGUUGUUGUAGAAACAUGUUGCAAGAACUGAUGACGCUGUCAUAUGUGUCUUUACUCAAGUUCACAAUUUUGCCGCUAGAGAAAUGGAAAAUCGAGUGAAACUGUUCAUUCCUCUUUUUACUGAAGAAUCUUCUUUUAACAGCAGAGAAAAACUUCAACGAAUCUAUUUUCUGGUGCUUUCGAGUAAUCAUACAUAGUAUAGGCUAAAGCGAUAUAUUCUGUUCGUGUUCGAUGAAUAUCUCUAAAUUAUUUUCUUAUUUAGUGUUGUUAAUAUUUCUUUGCUGUUUUGAUUAUUACAUGGGUAAUUUUGAUACAUAAACGAUUGUAUAAUGUUUUAAGUUUGUAAACGAUUACUGCUGCUUUCAUACAAUCAGUAUAUCCAUAUGGCAACUCCAAUGUGUAGAUCUGAAUAGACUAGUCCAAUGACAAGGUUACCAACUCACAGCAUGGAUAAUCCUGUCAAGAACGUACAAGGGAAAAACGAAACAGCUAGUAUAUGUAUUUUUUAUCGGUAUCACCAUCAUUCUGUUAUUUUAGUCGCCUCAAUUUUAAGAAAUAUCAACAUCAACAAAGAAAGAUUAGCCUAAUCUGUCCUAGAUGUUAAUGUUGAAAAUGAUGAAUGAUAAAUAUCAUAGAAGAUGUAGCAGUCAUGUAGAUAAAUAUAUAUAAUAUUGUAAAAACUAUCUUACUGGACUUAUACUGAAAAAUAAAAAUGCCACAAAAAUGAA